AUGACAACUCAUCAUCAUGUCUCUGUUUAUCUACCACGUACUUGUUCUAGCCGAAAGUCAAAUAUCCCUUCAAUUAUUAUGGAAACAUCAACAAAUCGUCAAGGUUCAAAAGAGAAUUUAUCAAAUACUAAUGGCACUCGUUAUCAAACACCACUUAAACAAAAAACUUCACGAUUAGAUCGCUCAUUAUCAAGAACUAAAGAUGAUAAUGAAACAAGUAUUAUACGAUCUAAUACAGUAUCAAGUCUUAGUGAACAAGCUAAACCUGAUGAAUUAGCUUCUGGUUUAGCAACAAUGGGACUAUUAAAUGAUAGUGAUAUGAAUAAAUUGAAUACAACAUUUGAAUCGUUAGGUUCAUCAAAUGAAUCAGUCGAAAGAAAUACGUCUAAAAAUGAAUCAUAUAAAAUGAAAAAGCAAUCAUAUCAGAGUGCAAAAAAGCGUAUUACAUCUGAAUUAGCAAAUGUACUUAAAGAUUCAUCUGUUGUUAUCGUUAGCGAUUGGCUUAAAGUUCGAGGAACACUAAGAGAUUGGACUAAACUAUGGGCCGUACUUAAGCCCGGACUUAUGCUGCUCUAUCGAAAUCCACCAUCAAAAAAUGGCGUUUGGGUUGGUACUAUUGUAUUAUCAUCAUGUGAAGUUAUUCAACGUCCAUCAAAAAAGACGGGUUUCUGUUUUAAAAUUUGGCAUCCUCUUGAAAAAUCUAUCUGGGCUCAAAAAGGACCCAAUAAUGAACAAUUCGGUGCAAUAACAUUUCCCCUUCCAAUGAAUUAUCUUAUUUGUCGUGCAUCAGAUGAAACAGCAGGGCGUUGUUGGAUUGAUGCACUUGAAUUAACAAUGAAAUGUUCAAAAUUACUUAAAAAACCUUAUUCAGCUUCAAUACAAAGUGAUGAUUUAACAACAAGUUCUCCAAUUGUUUCAAUUCCAUCAACAACAGCUGGGGAUGGUGCAUUUUUAACUACAAGUUUUUCAGACAAUGAUUUUGAAUUAAGUCGUAUAACAACAAAAGAAGAAGAUGAUCGUAUGAGUGACGCAAGUGUUGAUAUAAGUAAAGCAUCACGAAGUGGUUCAAGUCAUUCAGAAAGUUCUCAAGAACUUCUAAACGAUGAUGAUAAUGAAACACCUUAUGUUGCAGCACCACCAGAAGAAUUGGGAGAACUUGGUAAUGCUGCACAAACUGAAGAUGUAGCUGAAGAAAAUAAAUCCCUUAUAAUGCAUUUAUUAAAACAAGUUCGUCCAGGAAUGGAUUUAUCAAAAGUUGUUUUACCAACAUUUAUCUUAGAACCAAGAUCUUUUCUUGAAAAACUUUCAGAUUAUUAUCAUCAUUGUGAUAUUCUUGAAGAAGCUGUUAAUUCUCCUGAUCCAUUAAUACGAAUGAAAACAAUUGUCAAAUUUUAUUUAUCAGGAUUUUAUAAAAAACCCAAAGGUUUAAAAAAACCAUAUAAUCCAGUUCUCGUUCUAUUCGUACUCUUUAUUCCUAUAAUAAAUGCUGAACAAAAAACACGUUCAUGUGGUACAAUGCGUUCAUUUUUUUCAACUGAAUCACGUAUUGUUGGUGGUGAAACAGCAUCAGAAUAUGCAUGGCCAUGGCAAGUUUAUAUAACUAUAAAUAGUAUGUUUAUAUGUGGUGGAACAUUAAUUGAUAGACAAUAUGUUUUAACAAGUGCACAUUGUGUUGCUGGUGGAUUAUCAAAUAAUACAAAUCAUUUACUUGUUCGUGUUGGUGCACAUAAUAUGAUAAGUGAAGGUUAUUAUGCUGGUACAUAUUAUCGUGUAUCAAUGAAAUAUAUUCAUGAAAAUUAUUAUCAUCCUGAAUAUGGACAUGAUAUUGCUAUAUUACGUUUGGUUUAUCCAGUUAAUUUAAGUGAUACAGUUAAUGUAGUUUGUUUACCACCAAGUACAAAUUUUAAUGUAUCAAUAUAUCAACCUGUUGUUAUAACAGGAUUUGGUUUACUUACUGAAAUUGGAUACGUACCUUAUAGAUUACAACAAGCAGUUGUACAAAUUUUACCAACAUGUGGAUAUGCUUAUAGAUGGUUUAAUAGUACGUCACAACUUUGUGCAGGACUUUUAGCUGGUGGACGAGAUACAUGUCAAGGUGAUUCAGGUGGUCCAUUGGUUUAUAAACCACGUAGAACAGAUCAAUGGAUUCUUAUUGGUAUAACAUCAUAUGGAUAUGGAUGUGCACGUUAUUUUUAUCCGGGAGUUUAUUCAAAAAUAUCGCAUCAUCCUCCAAUUACCAAUUUUUAUGUAUCAAAUCGAAAAGAAGGCUUUGCUGUACAAGGAAGUAUAUUGGCAAGAUCGAAAUUUUAUGGAAACAGCCUCUCUGCUAUUCUUGAUGGAACAGCUCGACUUACUCUACUUAAUAGAGGAGAAGAUUAUAUUAUUACAAUGCCCUAUGCUAACUGCAAAGGCAUUCUCAUUGGUAAAUUAACCAUGGAAUUAGGUGGUAAAGUAACUAUUGUUUGUGAAAAAACUCGAUAUUCAGCUGAUAUUGAAUUUAAAUUAAAACCAUUUAUUGGUGGUCAAGAACUUACAAAUCAUAUUGAAGGAAAAAUACGACUUGAAAAAGACGUUAUAUAUACAUUUUCUGGUCAUUGGGAUGAUGAAAUAACAAUUGUAGAUAAAGCAACAAAUACAAAAAGUGCAUUUUGGAAAGUUACACAACCCGUUGUUAAUUCACGAUUAAAACGAUAUGUUGUACCAAUUGAACAACAGCAAGAUAAUGAAUCUGAAAAACUAUGGCAACGUGUUACAGCAGCUAUUAAACAAAAUGAUCAAAUAUCAGCAACAGAAGAAAAAACAAUUAUUGAAGAUGAACAAAGAAAACAAAUCAAAGAACGUAAAGCAACCGGUACUGAAUGGAAUCCACGUUUAUUCAAUAUUGAUUCAAAUACCAAAGAAUGGAUUUAUACUUAUGCAGAUUCUCGCCCAUGGGAUGCUCAUAAUGAUAUAUCAACAUAUGAAAAUAAUUUUAUUAUCUGUACUCGUACGCGUCAUCGAGCACAGAAUAUAAGUCAUACAAAUCAAACAUCAAGUCGAAAUAAUUCUGUAAUAAAUACUGUCAGCAGAGCAUCUGCAUUAACUCGUGGUCCAUCACCAUCAUUCAAUAAUAUUGGUGAAGAUGAAACACAAUAUAUAAAACCAAAUAUGACGAAUCAAACAUCAAUACUUUUAAAAUCUAAUGAUGAUAUAACAACAAUGUUAAAACAUAUUGAAACAACAUUAACUCGUAUAAAUCAACGACUUGAUGUACAUGAAAGAGAUUUAAAUGCUUUAAAAAACAAUCGAAUAAAACAUGAGCAUAGUAAUUGCAAUCCUUUUUCAUCGUAUACUCAAUUGAUUCUUAUUAUUGUCGUUGCAAUCAUAUUAAAAUACAUCUUUCAUUAA